AUGGCCGCUGCGGUUCGUCUGCCUGGCCAAACCAACCACAAGUCCGUCGGCCUCGGCAUUACCUCUUCUCCCACUCCAAAGGCGCGCCCCCUUCAGGCCAUCCACAAUCGAUCGAUCCCUCGCGAUCCUCGUGGUUACGUCAGCCCCGGUCAAGAUAUGUCGAUGAAUGGUCAAGAACAUGGACAAAACGUGCCAACCUUUGGACUAGCGGCUACCUCUGGCGCACCAAACCUCAAGCAAGCAGAGACUUGUGUCCUACGUCUCCAUCACAUCCUCAGGCGUCUCGAUCGCCGAAACCGCCGCUCUAGCAUCCCCAUUCGGACCUCUACACCACACAAACCCAAAUCUACACUGCCACGAACAAUGGUCACGCCAGCAACUCCCGAACUCGUCAAGCGGUCACCCACUCCCUCGAACCAAUUCAGGCUUCCACCCACCCCACCUCCAAAAGACGACAUGCUGUCCACCAACUCAGUAAAGAGCACCAUCCGUCACGUUCCCUCCACCGACUCCUUCCACACCAGCAUCACCCGCGCCUUCGACGAAGUCGACGGCACCUUCCCUAGCGAUCCUAACACCGGCGCCACCACGAACCGCAACCUCUCCCCACACCGCAAUGCCUCUCUCUCUUCCAUCCGUCCUGUCAGCGCCUUGAGCCCCAACGACUCUGACUACAACUACAAGUACCCCGAGGCCAAGGCGCUGCCGCCAACCCACAUGCCAAAGUCGUGGAACGCGCAGCACGACCGCUUCAUUUGCGUGGCCGAUGCCAAGGGUGAGCAGCUCGGCGACAUUGCGCAGGCGCUGCGUGUCAAGUUUCCGGAGAUCGGCGCACCAGUCAGUAUGGGACUAGUAGAUAAGCGGCUGAGGAUGCUAGAUAUGCGGUAUGAGGGGUACUGGAAGGAAGGGCUGGGGAUGGCAGAAGAGGGGGAGAGUGGGUGUGAGUCCGGGGUGGGUAGUGUGGCGGCUAGCUUAGGUGAUGCGAUUGAAGGGAAGGGGAAGGAUAAGGCUUCGGAGGAUAGGAGCGGUAGCCGUGGCAGUGAGGGAAAGCGGAGGAGUUCGGGGCUGCCUGUUCCUGUUGGUUCGAAGGUUAUGAGGAAGAGUCUUCCCCCACGAGCGUCGUUGUCUUAUGACCGGAAGAAGUGAGGAUCGGAUGGGUCUAUCUGGUACGAGAUGGUUGAGACUACCUGAAAUGGCCCAGUGAAGUGGCUGAAAUGUCAGAAAACCAACAGCGGGGGUUCCUUAUCUGGGAGUUUACGGCGUCAAUGAUAUCUUCGGCCUAAUGGACGAUACGGGGUUGGCAAAAGCUUGACCUGUCCAAGGGUCACAUUGGGCAAAAUGGUAUUGCUCAUGUGGCAGCAUGGGUG